AUCAAUAAAAGCAAAACUUUUAAAAAUUCAGUUACCGCUUAACGGUUUUUGAAAUUUGCUCGUGUGAUUCUUAUAAUAUAUCAAUAAUUAUUCGAUAUCAAUAAUGGAAAGUCCUUCUUUAUUCCUUGUCGAGGAACGUGUUAAAACAUUCAAAAAAUGGCCUUUCGAUGACAAGAAUAAAUGUAACAUCCGUAAUAUGGCUGAAGCUGGUUUUUAUUCGGUGGCUACUGGCGAUGAAGAUGCAGACGCAGCAAAAUGCUUCCUCUGUGGAAAAGAACUUGAUGGUUGGGAAGCUAACGAUGAUCCUUGGGCAGAGCAUAAAAGCCACGCCUCUAAAUGUGCAUUUGUUCAACUCGGAAAAAAAGAAGAUGAGUUAUUGCUUUUAGAGUACCUCUCGGUCAUUAAACAGUAUAUGAUUAAUGAAACUAAGCGCAUAGCAGAACUAGCUAAAGAACAAAUUGAUGAUAAAGCAAAAUCGGUAAGAAGAAGAUGCUUAGGAAGGAAGUGAUUAAAAUAGAAUGUUUAUUACAAGUGUGUAGUUAAUUAUUCAUUAAUAUUAUGUAAUUUGUAUGCUAAGACUGACUUUGUUUAUUAGUACAUGCAUAGAAA